AUGGAUUUCAAAAAAUACACACACUACUGGAUUGGUGGUCAAGAAGCCAAAAAUGGAGUACGUAUCAUAGUACAACGAAACCUAGAGGAAUAUGAGGAAGCAGUGGAAUACACAAGUGAUAGAGUGAUGAGGAUUCGGCUGAGGACAAGGAUUGUAGUGAAGGACUUAAUCCAAGUAUAUGCACCACGAACAGAAAAUAAAGAAGAGAACAUAGAGGAUAUUCUAGAGGUAUUAGAGAGUAUACUUACAGAUGUGGAAGCAACAGUAAUGGGUGACCUAAAUGCGCAGGUAGGCAAAGAAAGGCUAGGGAAGGAGGAGAUAAGUGGCCCAUAUGGAUAUGGGAGGAAGAAUGAGGAAGGAGAGAAACUGGUUGAUUUCUGUGAAAGAAACGGGCUGACUGUGGGCAACACAUGGUUCCGUAAAAAGAAUAGCCAAAAGAUAACGAGAUAUGGAUGGGGUGAUAGACGGACGAAGACGGUCAUCGAUUACUUUCUGGUGGAAAAGAAAAAUCGGAGACAGUUGACGGAUGUAACUGCACUCCCAGGAGAGGCUUUUGAUGGAGACCAUCGAGUGGUGGUGACAAAGAUGAGAUUCGAUGAACUGAAAGAUAUAAAGGAAGAAAGGGAAAGGAUAAUAAAAGUGUGA